CGUAUCCUGCCACGGUGCCAAUCCAAAUCAUCCAUUCAUUACCUACCUACGUCGAUGCCGUACAACCCGCCUUGCUCCAUAUAGGCGAUCAGGUAGCCAGCGCUCCCCUUCCAGCCCUGGUCGCGAAACCCAGCGACCUGCCCUCCCCUUGUCAUCAAUUUGCAAUUCGCGGUGGAGCAGCCGGGUUUCCUUUUUUUUUCGUCGCCAUUUGCCAGCUUGGCCUGACUGAAGCCGACGGGGAGAGAAGGACAUUCAACAUUACAGGACCCUUCCCCUUCUUAUUUCUACCCCCCCUAAUGGUAGAAGGUAUUGGUAUCGGGUAUUGGUUCGGGCCCUUUGUCUGAAGCCACGCAGCUACGGGGCGACUGGAAUCGCAUUCUCGAGUGUCGAGAUCGCCUUUUUUUUUCUUUCUUUUUUCGAAGAACGGGACCCGAGAGCGAAACUCCAUAAUAAUACGCGAACGAGAAAGCAUACCUGGUCGGAAGGCCCUCGUACUACCGCGAAUUCGAUUGUAGACUCGUAACCGAGAACGCUUACGCUUCCUCGUCCUCUGCCUCCCUCUCUAUCCGCCGAGCUAUCUGCCCUUCUCCGACCGAUCCUCCGCGAAUGGCACCUACGCCGUCUCCCUAAGCUCGGCGCCAACAAUGAGCUCUUUAGUCUUCGUCGUGUCCUCUCUCGAGGCCAUCGCCGCGUCCAAGGAUGCGCAGAGGAACAAGCAGCUCGCCGAGCUUGCCGAGACUGCCCUCAAGGCCAUCAAGGAAGAGGGUUCCCGACUGCCCGAACUCGACGUCGUUUUCGCUCCCCUACAGCUAGCUACUAAGACUGGCAGCAGCCAGUUGAUCAAUACCGCCCUCGAUUGCAUACAGAAGCUAAUCUCCUCGUCUUAUUUUUCGUUGACUGUGGCCGCGACCGCGCCGCAGGGGGAAGAUGGCGCCGAGCAGGUCCCCAUGAUCGACCGAGCUAUCGACACGAUAUGCGACUGUUUUCAAGGCGAAACUACCCCCGUCGAUGUCCAGCGGCAUAUCGUGCAGGCCCUCCUAGCCGCCGUGUUAAAUGACAAGAUAGUCGUCCACGGCGCUGGAUUGCUCAAGGCGGUGCGCCAGGUUUAUAAUGUCUUCUUGCUGUCCAGGAGCCCAGAGAACCAGCAAGCUGCCCAGGGGACUCUGACGCAAAUGGUUGGCAUGGUGUUUGAGAGGGUCAAGACAAGGCUGCACAUGAAGGAAGCCCGCACGAACCUGAGAAAGCUGGAGAAGCGCAGUUCCAGCAACGUCACCUUCGAGCAAACCGAAUCCGCCCUCAACGGAAGCGGCGCCGCCGGCGAUGGCGACGUGACACCUGACGAGACCGCGACGGAUACAGCCUCCGAGGUCGCGCUGUCUGGGUCAACGAAGGAAGUGGGUGGCAAGUUGACCCUGAAGGACCUGGAGAGCCGGAAGAGCUUCGACGAUUCCAACCUAGGCGAUGGUCCGACUAUGGUCACGCAGUUAAUCCCCCCCCAAAAGUCGCCGGGAAGGGCUUCGGAGCACACGCAGAGCGAUUCGGCAACCGAAGCAGACGAAACCACCGACUCUCUAGAUGCCGAGGACGAGGUCUACAUCCGAGAUGCCUAUCUCGUUUUCCGAUCGUUCUGCAACCUGUCGACCAAGAUUCUGGGCCCCGACCAGCUGUACGAUCACCGAGGACAGCAUAUGCGAUCCAAACUCAUAUCCCUCCACCUGAUUCGCACCCUUCUCAACAACCACAUGCUCGUUUUUACCUCGCCCCUAUGUACCAUUACCAACACGAAAAACAACGAGUCCAUCGGAUUCCUCCAGGCGAUCAAGUUCUACCUCUGCCUUAGUAUCACUAGGAAUGGAGCUAGCUCUAUAGAUAGAGUAUUUGAGGUGUGCUGCGAGAUCUUCUGGUUGAUGUUGAAAUUCAUGCGAGCGCCGUUCAAGAAAGAAAUAGAAGUCUUUCUCAACGAGAUAUACCUUGCGCUUCUAGCCCGUCGAACGGCACCUCCCUCUCAGAAGGCGUAUUUCAUCAACAUCCUGACCAGAUUUUGUGGUGAUCCUCGCGCGCUCGUGGAGACGUACCUCAACUACGAUUGCGAUUCCCAUGUCGAUAACCUAUUUCAAACCAUCAUCGAAGAUUUAUCAAAGUUAGCCAUCGCGCCCGUACCGAUCACCCCCUUACAAGAGCAACUAUACGAAGAGAGGAACUCGAAUUCGAAUAGCGGCUCAGAUUGGCAACUCAAAGGAAUGCUACCCCCUCCGUUAAACGUGAGAGAUAUCAUGCCCCCUAGUGAGGUGGAAUCCGAAGUGCCCAAGGAGUACACGAUCAAGAGAACAGCUUUGGACUCGCUCGUCGAGGCUUUGCGGUCCCUUGUUAACUGGUCUGUCGUUGGGCGUCCAGACGUCGGUAGCUUGUCGCGUGAUAGUGACAUAAGGGCAUCGGAGGACGUUCGAGAGUCGAUUGACCCUUCAGCCACCGAUAGUAAUCCUCGCUUUGAGUCGCCCAUACCUCCGCCCACCCCCAUUCUCGACGACGACCCGGCUCAAUUGGAGAAAGAGAAGGCCCGUAAAACCGCCCUGCACAACGCCAUCCGCCAAUUCAAUUUCAAGCCGAAGAAGGGAAUCAAGCUUCUGCUCCAGUCAGGGUUCAUCCCGAGCGACAGCCCCGAGGAUAUAGGCAGGUUUUUGAUAUCAGAUGAACGGCUCGACAAGACGCAAAUAGGCGAAUAUCUAGGCGAGGGCGAUGCGAAGAACAUUGAGAUUAUGCAUGCUUUCGUCGACACCAUGGACUUCGCCAGGAGGCGAUUUGUCGACGCCUUGCGACAAUUUCUUCAGUCCUUCCGCCUACCCGGCGAAGCCCAGAAGAUCGAUCGUUUCAUGCUCAAGUUCGCCAAUCGUUACGUGACGGGCAAUCCGAAUGCUUUCGCCAACGCCGACACGGCCUACGUUUUAGCUUAUUCCGUUAUCCUGCUGAAUACCGACUUGCAUAGCAGUAAGAUUGCCAAGCGCAUGAGUAAAGAGGAUUUCAUCAAGAACAACCGAGGUAUCAAUGACAACGCCGAUCUACCAGACGAGUACCUCAUCGGUAUUUACGAGGAGAUCGCCAGUAAUGAGAUCGUCCUGAAGAGCGAGAGGGACGCCGCUGCCGCCGCAGGCAAUUUGCCGGCGCAGCCGUCGGGCUUCGCCGCCGGACUCGGGCAAGCCCUCUCAAACGUCGGUAGGGACUUGCAGCGCGAAGCGUAUGUGCAACAAUCGGAGGAAAUUGCCCUUCGUUCGGAGCAGCUCUUUAAGAACCUAUUCAAGAACCAGCGGAGAAACGCAGCCAAGGCCGGGAUCAAGUUCAUCCCGGCGACCUCUUUCAGGCACGUCGGCCCUAUGUUCGACGUGACCUGGAUGUCGUUCUUUUCCGCGUUUUCAAGCCAGAUGCAGAAGGCGCAGAACCUGGAAGUGAAUAAGCUGUGUCUAGAGGGGAUGAAGCAAGCCAUCAGAAUCGCCUGCCUCUUUGACUUGGCCACCCCACGAGAAGCAUUCAUGUCCGCCCUUAAAAAUGCGACAAACCUCAACAACCCUCAGCAAAUACUCGCCAAAAACGUCGAGGCUUUGCGGGUCAUAUUGGAACUGGGCCAGACCGAGGGAAAUUACUUACAAGAGUCGUGGAAGGACAUCCUCAUGUGUAUUAGCCAGCUUGACCGGCUGCAGCUGAUCACCGGCGGUGUGGACGAAGGGGCCAUUCCCGACGUCUCCAAAGCGCGCUUCAUACCGCCGGAGAGAUCGAGCACAAAUGAUUCUCGAAAGUCUGCCGCUGCCCCUGCGCGACGAAGAAAUCGGUCCAGCUCCGGGUCAAGGGGUUUCUCCACGGAGAUUGCGCUGGAGAGCAGGUCUGACGAAGUUAUAAAGGGUGUAGACCGGAUCUUCAGCAACACGGCAAAUCUCACGGGCGAAGCCAUCGUGCACUUUGCGAAAGCCCUGACCGAGGUGAGCUGGGACGAGAUCAAAGUGUCAGGAUCGAACGACUCCCCUCGUACGUAUAGCUUGCAAAAGAUCGUCGAAAUCAGUUACUACAACAUGACGCGUGUCCGUUUCGAGUGGACCAACAUCUGGGCUGUGCUCGGCGAGCACUUCAACAAAGUAGGAUGUCACAACAAUACCGCGAUCGUGUACUUCGCGCUCGACUCGUUGCGGCAACUGUCGAUGCGCUUCAUGGAAAUCGAGGAGCUUCCGGGUUUCAAAUUCCAAAAGGACUUUUUGAAGCCGUUCGAGCACGUCAUCGCGAACUCGAGCAAUCUGACCGUCAAGGACAUGGCCUUGCGGUGUCUAGUCCAGAUGAUCCAGGCCCGCGGCGAGAAUAUUCGAUCUGGUUGGAGGACGAUGUUUGGCGUGUUUACUGUGGCGGCGCGCGAUCCCAACGAGACUAUCGUGAACUUGGCCUACGAAAACGUGACCCUAGUUUACAAGACGCGCUUCGGCGUUGUCAUCUCACAAGGCGCAUUUACGGACUUGAUCGUCUGCCUGACCGAAUUCUCUAAGAACAUCCGAUUCCAGAAGAAGAGUUUGCAAGCCAUGGAGACGCUCAAGUCCAUAAUACCGAAGAUGCUCAAGACUCCCGAAUGCCCGCUGUCCCACAAGCCCAGUCCAGCCCCCGCGCCGGAGCCCAACGGGGUAAACCCAGCCGACGGGCCGCCGAGACAGCAGAGAGGUACCUCCAUCGAGGAGGGAUUCUGGUUCCCGAUUCUCUUCGCGUUCCAUGACGUGCUGAUGACGGGAGAGGACCUGGAAGUCCGAUCUAACGCAUUGAACUAUUUCUUCGAAGCCCUCCUCCGCUAUGGCGGCGACUUCGCGUCGGACUUCUGGGACAUCUUAUGGAGGCAGCAGCUCUAUCCCAUCUUCAUGGUCCUACGUUCGCGGCCCGAGUUAACCAACGCCCUCAAUCACGAGGAGCUAUCCGUGUGGCUUUCCACCACCAUGAUUCAAGCUCUACGAAACAUGAUCGUUCUCUUCACCCACUAUUUCGACGCCCUGGAGUACAUGCUCGAUCGGUUCCUCGAGCUGCUUGCGCUUUGCAUCUGCCAGGAAAACGAUACCAUCUCCAGGAUAGGCAGCAACUGCCUGCAGCAGCUGAUCUUGCAGAAUGUGACGAAAUUCAACGAUGCUCACUGGGCCCUCAUCGUCGGCGAGUUCUGCGAGCUGUUCGAGAGGACAACGGCCUACCAACUCUUCUCCGCCACUACGAUAAACGCCCCGUCUGCACUGUCGCCACCGCCGGCCAGCCUAGGGUUUGAGGUGCCUCUCACUCCAACAGAAGAAUCGCCGACGGACGAAAGGUCGUUGAAGAUCACCAGCAGCGACAAACAAGGGACUCUUCCUAAAGCAGACUUAACCUCUGCCGCAGCUCCCGACAAUACCGAUACGGAAGAUUCCCUGCGCACGCCGACAAACGGCACGGUUCCAUCCCGCCUCGAAGACUACAAGCCUACAUCCUCGCUACAGCAACAGCCCGUCGUGGUUACGGCGGCCCGGCGACGCUUCUUCAACCGCAUAAUAUCCCGUUGCGUGCUACAGCUUCUCAUGAUCGAGACCGUCAACGAGCUCUUCUCCAACGACUCGGUAUACGCCCAGAUCCCGUCGGCGCAGCUGCUGCGCCUGAUGGCGCUCUUCAAGAAGUCGUUCCUCUUUGCCCGGCGAUUCAACGAGGACAAGGACCUGCGCAUGCGGCUGUGGCGCGAGGGGUUCAUGAAACAGCCGCCAAACCUGCUCAAGCAGGAGAGCGGCUCGGCGGCGACGUACAUCCAAAUCCUGUUCCGGAUGUUCGCGGACACGUCGCCGUCGCGGGCGGAGAGCCGGCCGGAGGUGGAGAAGGCGCUGGUGCCACUGUGCAAGGACGUGAUCCGGGGCUACCUCGCGCUCGAGGAGGAGUCGCAGCAGCGCAACAUCGCGGCGUGGCGGCCGGUGGUGGUGGACGUGCUCGAGGGCUACUCGACGUGGCCGGACAAGGAGUUCAGCGAGCACGUGCGCGCCUUCUACCCGCUCGCCGUCGAGCUGCUGGGCAAGGAGCUCAGCCCGGACCUGCGGGGGGCGCUGCUCGCGGUGCUGCGCAAGGUCGGCGAGGUCGAGCUCGGCAUCGAGGGCAUGGCGGCGAGCGGGCGCAGGGACAGCGUCCUCAGCGUCAACGCCAACGCCGCCGCCGGUGGCGUCCACACCGCCGAGCUCGAGGUCGGCGAGGUCGGCAUGGGGGGCCUGAAGGCGUGAGAGUGGUGACCUGAGGGGAAA